GUCUCGACGCAGGAGAGCUCGGGAAGGUCUCCGCCAACGACGCGAAGCACAGCCUCUUUGAUCCGAACUUGAACAAGUGUUGAAUGCGGGGUCAGGAGCAGCGGCGCGAACUGAAGAAGUACACGGUGCACUACAACAGCGCGACAAACGAACAGGGGCAGCCGAGAUCUGGAGAACAGAACGGGGACGUGAUGAUGGAGGUCAUCGAAAAGGUGUGGGAGGACCAGGUCAAAGAUGCUGCCAACAGGAAGAUCAAAGAGGUCGAAAAAAAACGGAGGGAGGCGCUGCAGAAGAAGCGCCAGACCCAAAACCCGAGAUUAGCCGAGAUGAUCACGAUCCCGACUAUCCCGAACCGUGACGACCUCCUCAACAAGGAGCUACCCGAGAACUUUCUCCCUCCGUACUGGUUUACGUGGCUGUUGUACGGACCGCUGGCCGCAAACCCGGACGAGGACGUAUCGUUCACGGCCUCCAACGGCCCUGACGUUCAAGGGGUGGGUGGCGGAGGCCUCAGCGACGACGACGACGAGGACUACUACUACUACUACGACGACUUCGACUGCGGCGGCGGCGGCGGUGGCGGCAGCAGCAGCAGCAGCGGCGGCGGCGGCGGCGGCGGCAGCAGCAGCAGCAGCGGCAGCAGCGGCGGCGGUGGCGGCGGCGGAUUUGAAGACGGCGAAUCAUCUGCGGGGAAUAACGCGUCUGCCUCGAGCUCUGGGGAGGGAAACCCCAGCAAGUCCAGCGGCGACACCGGCGAGGGCAAGCGGCGAAAGCUUGCAACGACUAAGGCGGCAAAAAUGAAGGGAAAGAAAAGGGCCAACAGUAGUGGCGGGGCGUCUGGGGGAAGCAAGUCGGCAGUGAGGAGCAAGCACGCCAUGAAGGUGUUGUCGAGUGCCACCGAGGUCCUCGGUAGGAGGGCCACGAAGGAGAGGGAUCGCGAGGAGAAGAAGAAAGCUCGGGGCGAGGCAGCAGGGAUGGCGGAACAGCUUAAGAUUUCCCGAGAGAGCUCCGCUGCUCUGCUGAAGGUGACGCAGCAGGUAGCACUGAUUUCUGGUACCCUGGAACAGGCGGCGAAGGCAGACCAGAGGAAGGAUAGGCUUCUGGAGCUGGACACGAUGGAGAAACUGUAUCGGCAGAUCGGCCAGAAUGACAAGGCGGACGCGGCUGUUGCGGAAAGGCUGGCUAUAUUGGAGUCGCCGAUGGCACCGGUUUUUGGUCGUAGCGGUACCGGUGCUGCGGGAGUCACCACCUCUGGGGGCGUGGGCAUGGCGGAAGGCGUAGAUGGCGGCGCCGGUGGCGGUGAACAGAGCGACACCGUUGACGUGGAUUUUACCGGAUGCACGAACGGCAACCGGAGUGACAACGCGGUCUCCGACGAGGCUGCCUCCUUGCGGGCAGGCGCAGGUCAAGUCGCCCGCAACCAUGCCAGGGCUACAGGAGGUCCGGAAUCGAAGGCUACGACGGGUGCUGCUGCAAAGUACUACGCCUCACUCCGGACUUCGCCUAGCAGACCCGCCGCCGACGUUUGGGAGGUGAACAGUUCGGGUAGUGACGCGGAUGCGGGGGGCAACCAGCUUGGAAUGGACGUCGACGGCGGUCGGGGUGCUCGCGGAGACGCUUCCGGCGGCAGUGCCGGCAGGGGCUUUGGGGGGGGCGGCGAGGGAGUGGGCGGUGGAGGCGGGCCGAAAAAACCGCAAUGCGACAAACACCGUGUUCCGUGCAAACUCAUGAAGGUUAAAGGGAAAACAUUUUGGGAGUGCGGCUUGGACGACGUCUUCGAAAUGUGCGACUACUUCGAGGCUGCUGACGGCGUGUCGGUGGAUGGCGAGUUCGGGGGGGCUUCGGAAGCUUCAGCGGGUGCCACUGCUGCCGCCGCGAAGGACACACGCGGCGGGUCUUCCGUGGGCAGCGCCGGCAGUGGCUUUGGGGGUGGUGGCGAGGGCGCGGGCGCUGGAGGCGGGCCGAAACCACCGCAAUGCAAGAAACACGGCAUCCCGUGUAACAUAUUGCAGUGUGAAGGCGGCAACUAUUGGGAGUGCGGCAUGGGCAAAAUCGAGGAAAUGUGCGACCACUUCGAGCCUGCGCACGGCGUCACGGUGGGUGGCGGUUCCGGUGGGGCUGCGCCUGCUGCCGAGGGUACCGCUCGUGCCGCCGCGAACGGUGGUGGAGGAGUGGCUUCCCUGGGCGCCGGCGCCGGCGGCAUGGGGGGGCUUCAUGGAGCGUCGGCCGCUGGGGGUGUUGCUGACGACCCGGGUGCCCACGCAGUAAAUGCUAGGAACAUUGCUAUGCAAGCCUUGACCCACCAAUUCCCCAACAGUGGCCAGGUGGCGGGUGCAGCUGCGGCAUUCAUCCAAGCUCACAUGAACGAAAGGUCAGCCACGUGAGACUACGUUGACCGUGUCAACACCAACACCGACCAUUUGUGUGCGAAUCGUGUGCAUUUUUUUUUCCGGGGUUGCUUUUCGGGGGGCUAAACCGGCUGUUGCCCCGGUGAUUUCGGUGUCGUGUUGUGUACGUCGUGCCGCGUUGGGUGCGUUGCUCGCCGCGCUCCUUGUGUUAGCCUUCCCCUGUUGCCCUUUUUCUUGUUUGUUUGUUUCCCGUAAACAGCGGCUUCGAUUUACACGUAUGCUGAGCGGGGUGUUCAUCCAUGACCAUGAGUUAGGAGGUCGAGGAGAAGGAAGACAGCUCAAGAGUUUUUUCUUUGUUUGCGGUCAAACGGGGAUGACUCCCAGUGCACAGAUUUGCUCGUGGUCCAAUUUUCGUCUCCCGCGUGGAGUGAGAUUGUGCGGGAAUGUUUCCUCUAAUACCCGAAUUGUUCGUCUUCUACCGACCUGUCGGGCGUGUUUCUUUAGUUUUAGGGGGAUGGGUCAAUAAGCACUUGCUGCCUAAAUUUUCUCAGGGGGAGAGGGAUCCCCUUCUUUCCUAACUCUGGGGCACUGCUGUCCCGACGAUUUCGCAUAAUACCAAGUAGGAACGGCAUCUCCGGUAUUUCUUUUUGUUCGGCUUGGAUAUUUAGCCUGUGGAAUAUCAACCCUCGAGCAUCCCUAUGAAACUCCCGAGCACGUCGUACGGGCGGGGGGGUCGCGAGGUAUGGAGUCUUUCCCACUGGUGUCAUUGAUAUGGUCUGGCGAACGAAGCAUUUUGUCCACGUUCCAUGUCGAUGUUUCCUGAGAUUAAUCACAGGGAAAGGCGGGUGGAGGAAUUUAUGUAGCGGAAUUGAUAUCGCCAUAUCGAUUAUACAGUAUCCGCGUGAUGAUUUUCAUUUGGGGGUUCAGCAGAUAUCCGCGUGAUGAUUCCCGUUUUUGGCUUGGUGUUGCGCGUGACGAGACGCCAUAGAGUCAUGGUACGGGGACCUCGGUAUGGCCGCAUUUCGUGAGAGGGUUUUUAUACCAAGGAAAAUAUACUCGGCAUUGGUUGACAUAGUUUUUUUUGGGGACAGCGUAAGUAACUGUUUCGCGUAGAACAAGCUAUCUUCGACGCUGCGUUCUUCAUAGGAAAAGGUUGUGGAUUUAUUCGCGUGAAAUGUUGACUAGCGAACUUCUCAAAUCUCGGAUGGGGGGCUGCCAGGUGUGUUAUCGGGCACAAUUAACAAUCGGUAGAUCCUUGCGGGUCAAUUGAGUGUUGGAGGCUUCGUUUGUCAUGUAUGGGUGUACACUGCUGUCACACUCUCUUUCGCGAGGCUGCCGAUCUUUCACUCUUAAUCACAACUUCUUGCGCGUGACUUUGCCCAUGCUCAUUUUUCUCAGCGGCCGGCCUCCAUGGGAUGAAAAUGCAAACAAACGAGAGAUGGCACCUGGCCCUGCGAUACGAUUGUCACUGGGGGCACCCUCAUGGCGGUGCAACCGUCUCUUGUUUCGCGUACGAAAACCGUUGUAGGUACGGGCCAACACAGCAGUACCGGUGUUUCGCCACCCUGCACACAACAUGACGUGCAUGACAAGUUUUUACCUGCCGGACCACUAAACCACAAAUUGUGCAGGUGCACGUUUCGUUUUUCGGUGUCGUGGCAUGUACU